ACCAUCACUCCCAUCUAGAAUUUACUGCAACCCACCCACCCAAAUGUCCAGCCCACCCCCUAUAAUCAAAACCCUAUCCCACCUCACAACCCUCCAAAAAGCCCGUCUCGCUCAACCCCCUCCACCCCCACCCCAUCCCAACCCCGACCUGACGUCCUUGCAAGACAUGCAGCAGCAUGUGGAAUCCGUUCUUGGGAAUUGGACUCUGUUGCGGCAGGUUGCUGAAAAGGAAUUAGGUGGAGAGGGUGUCGAGGUGGAUUAUCGGGUGCAUGGAGAACUCAAAUCCCUCAUGGGAGCCCUCUUAAACUCCCUCGAAUCCCACCCAAAAAACAAGAAAACACUCCACUCCGCUUUCGAAACCGCUCAAACCUGUAUAAAAGACCUAGAACCAUGGGUCCGAUCCCUGGAAACCAACAUACAAGGCGUGGAGACGGUCGUUAAAGGGGUCGAAGCGUGUCGGAAUGGAUAACAGAAUUUCUAUACUGUAGUAAAUUGUAAUUUUUUAUUUUUGGGGAGAAAGGGGGGCAUUGUACAAAAGGAGUAAAUAUAGGCUAUGCAUCAUGGA